UAAAAAUUCGGAAAAUAGUUGAAAGUCAAGAAAAACACCGUAGAAAGGAUGUUAACGCUCCCACGACCGUUGUCACUCUGCGGUGUUGAAGAUUUGGGGUCACUCGCUUUUUCAGCGUCCGGACACAGUGUUUGUGUCCAAGCCGCUGGCCGGCAGUAGGUUGCCAUGGCCACCGUCAAACCUGACGACUGCCCCCACACAGCGGAGCACGGCGGAGUGAGGAAGAAGAGGGUGGAGGGGAAGGGGAGGAAGAACUUUCCCUGCCAAAUGUGCGAGAAAGCCUUUAACAGCCUGGAGAAGCUGAAGGUUCACUCAUAUUCCCACACCGGCGAGAGACCGUACUGCUGCACACACACUGACUGCACCAAGGCCUUUGUUUCUAAAUACAAACUGCUUCGGCAUAUGGCCACGCAUUCACCAGAGAAAACCCACAAAUGUAAUUACUGUGAGAAGAUGUUCCAUCGCAAGGACCACCUGAAAAACCACCUCCACACCCAUGACCCCAACAAAGAGGCUUUUAGCUGUGCUGAGUGCGGGAAGAGCUACAACACCAAGUUGGGUUUCCGUCGGCAUCAGGCUCUUCACGCCGCCCACCGUGGCGACCUCACCUGCCAGGUGUGUCUGCAGCCGUAUCCUAGCACCCCUCUGCUGCUGGAGCACCUCCGCGGUCACGCGGGGAAGAGCGCGUCGGGCACGAAAGAGAAAAGGCACCAGUGUGAGCACUGCGAGCGACGGUUCUACACCCGCAAGGAUGUGCGGCGCCACCUGGUGGUGCACACAGGUAGGAAGGAUUUCCUUUGCCAGUACUGCGCCCAGAGGUUCGGCCGCAAGGAUCAUCUGACGCGACAUGUCAAGAAGAGCCACCCCCAUGAGCUGCUGAGGGUCAAGGCGGAGCCUGUGGAGCUGGAGUCCCGCCCCUCCCCUCCGGCCGGACCUUUCACGCUGCGGUACCCCUUAGGCCACACCUCCUACUCUCCCCCGGCCCCACUGAGGGCAGAGCUAGAGAGCUACCUUUUGGAACUGCAGGCUGAAGACACGCCCCCUAAACUGGGCACCACAACUGCAAGCAGUGAAGCUUCCUCAUUGGACUUCCUCUCUCCGCUCUUCAACUUCCUGCCUUAUAACCAGGGGGCAGGGCCGGGGCUCGGAGUUUCUUAUUCGGAGGAGGGGCCUCCUUUAACCAUGCCCACCCAAGAAGCCCCUGAGCCUCUAAGCCCAUUACAUCCACUCUCACACACAAACACCCUCUCUCACACACACACUCUCUCCGCAAAUUACACACACACGCCGAGCUUAAAUACAACCACCACCCUGCCUCGCUUCCACCAGGCCUUCCAGUGA